AAUUCACUUUUGUUAAAAGAGCAUGAAAAUGGAGCUUCCUUUUCUUAUCCUUGUUGCUCUUAUCCUUGUCCAUGCAACUCAGGUUCAUUCUGCCAUUGAAUAUGCUUGCAACCCCAAAAGAAUGGACAUAAAGAAACUGGGCUUCUGCAACACCUCCAUGACUUUUAAUGAAAGAGCCAAAGACCUCGUUGGAAGACUUACUCUACAAGAGAAAGUACAGCAGCUUGUGAACCAAGCAGCUGGUGUGCCAAGGCUGGGAGUUCCUGGUUAUGAAUGGUGGUCUGAGGCCUUGCAUGGAGUCUCUAACACUGGACCUGGUGUUAAGUUUAAUGCUACUGUGCCUGGUGCUACAAGCUUUCCCCAAGUCAUACUUACUGCAGCUAGUUUCAAUGAAUCUCUGUGGUACAAAAUUGGACAGGUUGUGUCUACAGAAGCAAGGGCAAUGCAUAAUGUGGGACAGGCUGGUCUGACAUAUUGGAGUCCUAAUGUCAACAUCUUCAGAGAUCCCAGAUGGGGUCGUGGCCAAGAAACCCCUGGAGAAGACCCAUUGGUUGUAAGCCAGUAUGCAGUUAACUAUGUCAAAGGACUUCAAGAAAUAGAUAACAAGUCCGACACACUCAAGAUCUCCACCUGCUGUAAACAUUACACUGCUUAUGAUCUUGACAACUGGAAUGGGGUGGAUCGUUUUCACUUCAAUGCUGAGGUUACCCAACAAGAUUUGGAGGAUACUUAUCAGCCACCUUUCAAGAGUUGUGUUCAAGAAGGCCAUGUCAGUAGCGUAAUGUGCUCCUAUAACAGGGUUAAUGGGGUUCCAACUUGUGCUGAUGAGAAUCUACUCAAAGGAAUUGUUAGAGACCAAUGGGGUCUAGAUGGAUACAUAGCAUCAGAUUGUGACUCUGUUGCAGUAUUCUAUGAAGCAAUCAAAUACACCGACACCCCUGAAGAUGCAGUUGCUGUGGCUUUGAAGGCUGGGCUGGACUUAAACUGUGGAACAUACCUUGGGAAAUACACAGAGAAUGCUGUGAAAACAGGGAAAGUGGAGCAGUCUGUAGUUGAUCAAGCACUUGUGAAUAACUAUGUGGUUUUGAUGCGCCUUGGGUUCUUUGAUGGUGAUCCUCUAAAUCAAACCUAUGGCAAACUAGGUGCAAAGGACGUUUGCACUGCUGAGCAUCAGCAACUAGCUUUGGAUGCAGCCAGGCAGGGCAUUGUUUUGUUGAAGAAUAAUGGGUCAUUACCCCUGUCUGCCUCCAAAUUCAAGUCUUUGGCAGUUAUAGGUCCCCACGCAAAUGCAACCAAGGUCAUGAUUGGUAACUAUGCAGGUAUUCCAUGCAAAUAUACAACUCCUCUACAAGGCUUGCAGAAGUACAGCAAGAUCACUUACCAGCAAGGAUGUGCAAAUGUUGCUUGUAGUGAUGCUGGGUUGAUCAAUGCAUCAGUCCAAGCAGCCAAAAGUGCAGAUGCAGUGAUAUUAGUUGUAGGACUAGAUCAAUCAAUAGAGGCAGAAGGCCUUGACAGAGUUGAUUUGCUCUUGCCUGGCCAACAACAAAAACUAGUCUCAGAAGUUGCAAUUGCUGCCAAUGGACCUGUCAUAUUGGUCAUAAUGUCAGCAGGGCCUAUUGAUAUAUCAUUUGCUAAAAGUGAUGAGAAGAUAUCUGGGAUUUUUUGGGUCGGGUACCCAGGCCAAGCUGGAGGAGAUGCCAUUGCCCAGAUUAUUUUUGGUGAUUACAAUCCAGGUGGCAGGUUGCCUUCCACAUGGUAUACUCAGGAAUAUGUCACAAAAGUUAAUAUGACAGACAUGAAUAUGAGACCCAAUAUUAGUACAGGAUAUCCUGGCCGGACUUACAGAUUUUACACAGGAGACACUGUAUAUAAUUUUGGAUAUGGACUGAGUUUUACCACUUUUGAACUUUCUCUAAUAUUCGCACCAACAAUUCUCCGGAUAUCUCUUGACAAGUCACCACUUCUAUCAUGCUCCCAAAUUAGCACAAAUACUAGUGUUGUUGGUGCCAAGGUCAAUGACUCCCUUUGCCAUGAGGAAAUUGAAGUUGCUGACACAGUUUGUGAAGGCUUAAAUUUUGAUUUUGUUGUGCAAGUAAGAAAUAGAGGCAACACAACUGGAAGUCAUGUGGGUUUGCUUUUUUCCAAACAGCCUUUCAAUCUCCAUAAAAAUGGUUAUGCCAAGAAGCAGCUUAUUGGAUUCAAAAGGGUGGAGGUCAAGACAUCAGAAUCUCAAAGACUUCAAUUCAGGGUUGAUGUUUGCAAGGAUUUAAGUGUUGUAGACAAAACAGGCAAGAGGAAAUUGCUCAUGGGUUUGCAUACUCUUUCAGUUGGAGCCUCUCAUUAUAAAGAUGAUUAUCUAAAACACCACCUUUUAUUGCAAGGAUCAUUGGCUGAAAGGAGUGAGCUUUGAUAAUCACCUCAGCAAGCCAAAGAAAAUAAUCAGCUCAUCCUUCAUAGAGAUAUUUCAUUGUUAGUGUCUUCCAAUUAAAUAAUUACCCAUUCAUACAUCUGUAAUGCCAUUUCUAAUAUUUAGUUAAUUAAGGAGCUUGGUUUCAAUUA